AUAUGAAAUUUUCUUAUGUUCCUCCCAUUCGCUCCCUUGAUUCAUUCCCCCAGACCAUCAGUUUCAAGUUGGUUUGGUUGCUGUUGUGUUUCCACGGUUACGAGGUCCAGGCCUAAGUUGGACUGUUUACAAUCUCUGCUGUUUGAAAUUUCAAUUUUUUGGGAGUUAGUUGUCGACAAAGUUGUAACAAUGAGCUCUUUUGGGAGACCGGCUUCUGGUAUGGGAGGCAGAGGAAAUCCAAAAAGCCUGUCAAGUUCUAUGGGUAGACCUCCUCCUGGCACAGGCAAGAAUCCCACAACUGCCAGACCUGGAUCUAGAGCAGGAGUUGGUGGCCAGGGAGCAUUGAGUUCCAUGGUUCAAGUGGCAGACAGACCUGUUACUAGACAAGGACUUGCUGGAAUUAAAACUCAAUCUCAAGGCCCGCAGAGACAAGUGCAAGACAAGUCCUAUUGGCUUGGCCUACUACGAGCAAAGAUCAACGAUCUAAACAGUGAGGUAAACAAGCUCAGUAAAGAUAUCACAAAUUUUAAUCAAGAAAAUGCGAGCUAUUUAACUUACGAAAAGAGAGCUGAGAACCUGGCAACUGAAAUCAAAGAGCUUCAAGGACAACUAACAGAUUAUAAUACGCUUGUCGACAAGUUAAAUACAAGUUCCAGUUUUGAUGACUUAAAAGAAGACUAUGAGCUACUGAAAUUACAAAAUGAGAAAGAAACAAAAGCCAUCGAUGAUCUGUUCUCACAAAGACAAAGCAAGGAGCAGAAUGUGAAAAGUUUAGAGGUAGAGAUUGAUCAACAGCGAAGAAUGACCGAAAGCAUGGUAGCUGACAUGCAUCCAAAACUUAGAGAGAAAUAUGCUCAGCUGAAGAAGAUUAAUCUCUCGCUGCAAGGGGAUCUAGAAAGCAAGCAGCAACUAUUGGAUUCUUUAAAUGACAAGACAGAAAGACUUGAAGAUGAAGUUGCCCAGUCGCCAAUUAAACAGGAAGCGGUUACACUUUAUGAAAAGGCUGCCGAACUAGAGGAGAAAAAAGCCUCCUUAUUAGAAGAAAUGGAAAGAAACAAAAAGAGUUCUCCUGCUGAAGAAAGAGAAAGACUGCUCAAACAGGUUAAAGAAGACAAUCAAGAAGUAGCGAGAAUUGAAAACAGGAUUUCAGAAAUUAAAGAAAAGAUCGACAAUGUACAGGAAGAAAUACGAAAUCUUGAUAUGGACCUUGAAGAGCAUCAAGGCGAACGGACUGCUAAAUAUAAGGAGCUUAAAAAGCGAGAGGAAACAAUGCAGGAAUUCCUUGACACCUUUGAAGAAAACAAAAGUGGGGAGCUGGGUCAAUGCAAACAGAUUCAAUCCAACAUAGUUACUUUGCUUGAGAGAGUCAGUCGGGCUUUGGUACAAACCAAACACAUGCCAAAUUUUGAAGAUUUUAGACAAAUGAAGGAUGAUUUGAAUUUCAAAGAAACAGAAAUGAUUAAAUCAUCAGAAACAAACAAGGGCCUGGAUUCGGAGCAAAGACGACUGCAAAUGGACUUAGAGAAAGUGAACCAGCUUGAAUCGAAGAUCACGACAGAGUUAGACUCAUUGAAAAAGAGGAUUGAUAAAAUGACAGAGGAAAUCGCAUUAUACAGUGACAUAGACGGGGUCAAGAAGCAAGCAGAAGAGAAGCGAAAGCUAUUAAUGUCAGAAAAAGAGGAGCUGCUGUCCCAAAGAGAGACUCUAAAACAAGAUGUGAAGAACCUUUCGUCUCAGUAUGAUGCUAUGAAAGCCCAACUGCAGGAGAACGAGACCUUCAUACAGCUUGGCAACUUGGAAAGAAAAUGGCAGCACCUGGAGCAAAAUAAUUUUGCAAUGAAGGAAUAUAUUGCUCAAAAGAAGGCAGAAAGUGAUUAUGGGAGUUUGAAGGACGAGAUUUCAAACGCAGUACAACAAGUGAAUCAGGCAAUAAUUAAAUCUUUAAACAGCACUUCACGAGUGGGUGUUAUUUGAUUAAAAGAUAUUAUGUUGACACAGUUGCUAUGUACUUAGUAGUAUUAAGUUAGCUAUGUGUUGUACAGUGAAAACCUGCAUAUAAGAAAUUAGUUUUUUCGGAUCAGACUGUACAGUUUCUUAUAAAAGGAAUAUGCGAUUUUUUAUAAAGACAAGUUUAUUAUAAGGUAAGGGAAAUGACAGGAUAAGCCAGGAAAAUAAUUGGAAUCAUACAUUUUGACAUAUAUUCUAUAAGUUGAAAUGAAAAUCGCAAUACAGCACUGUUUCUAAUUCCCCGGACAAACAGUCUUCUAACACCGCACAGCUCCCCCACUGCUUCUAAAAUUUAUUUUAUUUGACGAGCUUUUGUUAUAGAUAAGCAUUUAUAAGAAAUUGAAAAAUAUUCAGGCUAAACCAAAGAAGUUGUAUGUUUUGAUUCAUAACUUUGAAAGCCUUGCUGCAGUUUAUUAUGAGUGACUUUUAUUAUUAAAUCUUUGAUUUAAAAUUGGCAGUUGAAAUAUAAAGCUUAAAUGCAAAUUAAGGCCAUAUUUUUUAACAUAAUAUAUACAAAUUGCUAUAAAAUGAAUCCAAAAUACAAUUUAUGAUAAAAAGUCUAAGUUUUGAUCAAAUAUCUUACAUAAUCUGUACAGUGAGUUCCGUAAAUGCGGGUUUUAACUGUAUGGGCUGUAUAAAUCUGUCGACGUCAUACAAAUUCCAAGAAAUAGGGAAGUACAACCAAACAAAAGCUAAGCUCUCAAACUUCUUGUACGAGUUGCACUUCUCAACCAGUUGAGUUGGUAUGUAUCUUCUUAAGAUUAUCCGUUCUCUACCAAUAAACAUUAAAGUUUCUUAUUUCUUGUUUAGUUUUUAGUUUUAUGCUGGAGUUUAAUGCCUAUUAUUGUACUUUUCUGGCUGUAUUAAGCGUGAGGUUACCCAUAACUUUUGGUUUAUGUCAAUGUUCUAGAAAACAACACGAAUCUUCUUUAAGGUAAGUUUGCAAUAAAAUUCAGCUUGUUUCAAAACUUCCCCCUUAUAUGGGAACCUUGAAAGUUUUAAUGACUUUUGUUAAUUAAAGAUUACUCAAUCUGUCAAUGAAAGCUUACUUUCUCCUGUAUUUGCGAUUUGUCGAGGUGAUGAAAA